UUUCGAGGAGGCCGUGAUUCACAAAGUGAAAGCAAUCUUCCAGGUCACUCCACGUUAUACAGCGUCCCAGCCAACACCCACUUGAACACAGUGGUCACACUUACUUUGUGAUUAAUAAAUUUGAAAUGUGGUCAACCAGAGAAGGGUUUCACUCCCUCAUCGCGACGACAACACUUGUGGUGACAAUUUUCCUCCACACGUCCCACGCAAUCCCUCCCCUCUUCCCCCAACCGCCAGACUUUGGAGGUGAGGUUGACCUCGCGAGGGCCCCGACGCCUGCGGAUCGCCUUCCAAAAACGCUAACUCCGUACCAUUAUUGGUUGGAGCUUCGACCAAUUAUCGACGAUGGGACUGGAACCGGGGAAAGAUUUACGGCUCCGGGUAAAAUCUCAAUUAAAACGAUUAGAAGCCUUGAGUCUGGAAAUGGAAAUACCAUCACGUUCCACUCUCUGAAUAAUGCGAUCAAUGAAACAACAGUGUCGGUGGUCGACGACACCGAUGGAACCAGUUUGACCAUUGACUACUUUGUAAUCAGCCUUUCGUCCCACUGGUUCACGAUCGUCAUGGCGAGUAAUUCCACCCUCGUAGCGGGGAAGAACUACACGUUGUCGAUGGAAUUCGUGAGCAAGAUCAACACGCAGGACGCCAUUGGACUCUACACCUCCGUGUAUAAAGGUGCCGAUAACUCGACGAAAUAUUUGGUUUCGACCGAUUUUCAAGCGCCCGACGCGCGAAUGGCGUUCCCCUGUUUUGACGAGCCCCAUAUGAAGGCUGUCUGGGAAAUUGAUAUCAUUCGACAAACGCAUUACCACAGUUUGGCCAACAUGCCCCUUGCAGAUUCAACCCCAGUACCAGAACUGCCAGGCUGGGUACGAGACCGUUACCUUCCCACUGUUCCGAUGAGCUCUUACCUCAUUUGCUUCGCCGUGUCCGACUUUACAAUGGAGGCUGCCAACACCUCCAUCUACUCCAAACCAGUCCACGUCUGGGGUCCACCGCCCCUCAUGGAACGAGGAAAUGGACGCUUUUCUCCAGAUUUCUCAGCAAAAUUGAUGUCAUUCUUCGAAACAUAUUACAGGAUUGAGUAUGCGUUGCCGAAAAUGGAUAAGAUUUCGAUCCCUGACUAUUCUUCUGGAGCGAUGGAAAACUGGGGACUCAACACGUACAGGGAUACGAGGCUGUUGUAUGAGGAAGGAAUUUCCACAGCACAAGACAUGUUUUCAAUGACGAACACCAUUUCACACGAAUUGGUUCAUCAAUGGUGGGGAAACUUGGUGACAUGCGAGUGGUGGUCUGACCUGUGGAUUCAGGAAGGGGCGGCCACAUAUUAUGCUCCAAUUGGUGUCGCUGGCGUGGGCAUGGGGGAUCUUCUACCAAUGGAGACACUCAUCACAGCCUCAAUCCAACGCUCCUUCGACUUCGAUGCCAACAAGGGGCUCACACAUCCCAUCCACCUUGAAAACAUCGACCCUACCAACGUGGCCUUGCUAUUUGACACUCUGACCUAUCACAAAGGCGCCUCGCUGAUCAGGAUGAUGAACGCCAUCGUCUCCACGAACACGUAUAACACCGCAAUGACCAGAUUUUUGCAUAGAUAUUCGUACAGCACCGCGACUCAGGGUGACAUGUUUGCCGUGUUGGAUGAGGUGAUUGCUGAAACACCAGCGUCCUCCCCACUUCCCGCGAAUGUCAACCUGACUCAGAUCAUGGAGACGUGGACGCUACAGUCCGGUUACCCUGUCGUGUCCGUGGAGAGAAGUCAAUUUUCAAACAAUGUUACAUUUACUCAGGAACGCUUUUUUCAACGCAUCGCGGACGGCGUAGGGGACACAACCAGGUGGCACAUCCCUCUCACAGUUCAACGUCCAACGGACGUCCUAAUUCCAGUCCGACCAGAACGAUGGUUGACGGCAGACCGGGCGCAGACGUCCCUCAUCCCAGUAUCUGGAGCGUGGAUUAUUGUAAAUCCGCAAAGUCAUGGAUACUAUCGCGUCCAUUACAAAAACGCGUUGCUCGACGCCAUCAUUGACCAAUUAUGGAGGGAUCAUACCGUUUUUGACGUGCAAGUCCGGAGCACAUUGGUGGAUGACAAUAUCAAUCUGGGUUAUGCUGGCUAUCUCGACCUCGGAAAGGCGCUCAACCUUACCUUAUACUUGCGCAACGAGCGAGUCCUGUUCCCUUGGCAGAGCUUCUUCACCAACAUGGCCCUCCCGUACAGAAUGUACGCUCGUUCUUCUCCAUUCAGCUCGUUCAAGAAAUACGUUCUCGAUCUGACAGCUGAUGCCUUGACCGCAAUAAAUAUUCAACCACAACCGAGUGACGACAACCCUACAACGCUCCUGAGAACAUUGCUCGUCACGUGGCGUUGCAACCUUGGGGACGCGGCCUGCAUUACGUAUUCCAUUGGUCGCUUUUCCGCCUGGAUGAACAACCCGAGCAACACCUCAAUAGUCGCACCCGACCUUCAGCCCAGCGUAUAUUGUACAGCCAUCGCCAACGGGGGAGAUUCGGAGUGGAAUUUUGUAUGGAGUCAGUAUCUCAUGGCGGACAGAGACGUCAUUCAAACGAGUUUAAUUCGAGCGUUGGCUUGUUCCAAGACGAGCUUCAGGCUUAACACUUUAUUGGAGAUGGCCUUUGAUCUUAAUUCCGGGGUACGUGGGAAGCACCGCACCUUGACUGUGCAAGCUGUGGCUGGAAACUCGGCCGGUGUCAAUUUGGCAUUUUCAUUUCUGAGGGCGAAUUGGGAGGCUAUGAUUCGAAGGUAUGGAGCCUCAAUGCCCAGCGGGAUCAUUACCACUUUGUCAACCCAGCUCAUUAGUGCGUUGGAGAGGAAAAAUUUGGAGGACUUUGUUGCUUCGACGGGGGCACAACUUCAAUUGUCAGCAGGAGCGGUGGAGAAUCUGGACAAAGGGGCGCAUUGGAGGACAACAAUUGAGGGAAACUUCACCACAUUCAUCCGGUCAUUAACGCCAUAGUGGCUGUGAAAAUAAAUUCUGAUGCCACACCAUAUUUAUGUAUUUAGUUAGUGUAGAACUCUCUGGUGCUUAUUUAAGAUAGAAAUUGAAACUUACAUACUUAUUAAUUGAAACUUUUUUGAAAUAGAAACAAAAUUUUAGGAUCUAUGAAAUUU